AUGUCAGAGCCAGGCGCCAGUGGAAAUAAUAGAAAAGUCGCGUUAAUAACCGGUAUAACCGGACAGGAUGGAUCUUAUCUAACAGAAUUCUUAAUUGAAAAAGGCUAUGAGGUCCAUGGAAUUCUUAGGCGGUCAUCUUCAUUCAAUACAGGUCGUAUUCAACAUUUGUAUGGACAGCCAGCGUGUCAUACUGGCGGGAAAAUGCAUCUGCAUUAUGGAGACCUGACGGACACAACAUGUCUUAUAAGCAUUAUAACUAAGAUAAGACCAAAGGAAAUAUACAACUUGGGAGCUCAAUCACAUGUAAAAGUUUCGUUCGAGCUGAGUGAAUAUACAGCACAAGUGGACGCUCUGGGUACCCUUAGACUUUUAGAAGCUGUGCGAGCAGCUGGCUUAGAGAAGGAAACUAGAAUAUACCAGGCCUCAACCUCGGAAUUAUACGGGAAAGUAUUAGAAGUACCCCAGAAUGAGAAAACGCCGUUCUAUCCAAGAUCGCCUUAUGCGUGUGCGAAAUUGUACGGCCACUGGAUAGUAGUUAACUAUAGGGAGGCGUACGGAAUGUUCGCGUGUAACGGCUUACUGUUCAACCAUGAGAGCCCUAGGAGGGGGGAGAACUUCGUCACCAGAAAAAUAACACGCGGAGUGGCCAAGAUACAACUUGGAUUGAUGUCUCAUCUAGAAAUGGGCAAUUUAGACAGCAAACGAGAUUGGGGACACGCCAAGGAUUAUGUAGAGGCAAUGUGGCUGAUUUUACAGCAAGAUGAGCCGGAAGACUUUGUCGUAGCUUCGGGCGAGGCUCAUAGUGUUAGGGAGUUUAUAGAGAAGGCUUUUGAAUGUGUGGGGAGAGGUUUAGUGUGGAAGGGGGAAGGGGUUAAUGAAACCGGUCACGAUUCAAACACAGACCAACUACUGGUUAAGGUCAACCCAAAAUAUUUUAGACCUACGGAAGUGGAUCUGCUCCUAGGUGAUGCUUCAAAAGCCAAACAGAAAUUAGGUUGGACCAACAAAACCACCUUCGAAGAGCUUGUCAAAGAUAUGGUUGAGGCUGACCUUGAACUCAUGAAAAAAAACCCCGAGGCAUAA